AUGGCUCCAAAGGUCGACAAGAAUAAUCAUGACCUGGUUCGGGGGGUAUGGCGUUUGUUCCGCCUCCAUACAAUCGAGGGAUUGUCGACAGUGAGCAUUGGAUGGCUCGCGCUCUUCUUCUACGCCAUGCAGCAAGAUUUGCCGUUUGCUUUGGUCCGACGUGCGUUCCUCGGCAUCUUUGCUACCUAUCAAAUCACACACUGCGUCUUUUGUCUGUGGAAUGAUAUUUGCGACCGCGACUUUGACGCAAAAGUGGCGCGCACAAGGGACCGUCCUCUCCCCUCGGGCCAGGUUACCCUCACCGAGGCAAUUAUCGUCUUUAUCAUUGGUCUCGCCGCCGCUGUUGCCUUGACGUAUAAGAUACUGGGCGCAGAUGUCACAGCAAUCAUGGUCCCCAUAUGGGGACUUUCCACCAUCUAUCCUUUGUGCAAGCGCGUCAUCUGGGCUCCGCAGGUCGUCCUGGGUCUGACCAUGGCCAUGUGCGUGCUGCCCCCAAGGAUGGCCGUGAGACCGCACAGCGGCGAUGCGGGACUACUGCCCGCCAGUCUCUUUGGCGCAAUCUUCUGUUGGCUCGUGUACAUCGACUUGAUUUAUGCUUCCCAGGAUCGACCUGAUGACAAAAAGGCCGGCGUCAAGUCACUAGCCAUUUUCCUGGGCGACUAUUUGAAGGCUGGCCUGACAGUCCUGGGCGUUGCGCAAAUCGUCUGUUUUGUAGUGGCGGCGGCUGAAGCACAGGCAGGCUUCUUUGUCUGGAUAUUUGGCAUCGCUGUUUGGUCAGCCUCAGUUCCUUGGAGCAUCAUCUCACUAGACUUGCGUGAUCGCAAGUCGGGUGGGCGCAUUUUCCUCAUGAAUGCCAUUUUAGGUAUUUACAUGGCGGCAGUAUCAGGUAUAAACGUCGUAUCACCCGCCAUAUGGGCAUGA